UUUCCCUUAGCUGUUCACUUUUCCAAUUUCGGUAAUUACUCUUCCACAUCUUCCCUGCAAAUAUCUUCCCGCCCAAAAACAACCUCCGAAAUCAAAAUCUCUUCUGAGCUCCAUCUAAGUAGAAAUUUUACCUGGGUUUUGAAAAAACGAAAAAACGAGUGUGUUGUUAAUCUUUCAGCUGCCUGCUGUGACACUAAGGGCAUCAUUUGAAAGCAGCUGAAUCUUAUUCCAGAAUGAUUUAUUCCGCCUAAUUGUACCACGAAAACUAUCGUGCGGAAACUUUUAUCUAAGGAGUAACACCCUUUCAUAUAAUUGUUUGGUGACAAGGUAUUGGUGUCAAGGGUGCUAGCAAAUAUGCUUUUUUGUGAAUGAGGCAAGUCCCUCUUUUGCUUGAGGUGGUGGGGUAAUGAGUUUGCUGGCUAUGGUUUCUUCUUAUUAAAACUGAGUGAUUUUAUAGGUUUGAUUGAUCAAUGGUUAACGUCGUGCCAAAAGAAGAUGUAGGACGAGUUAGUAUAACAAAUUCAAGGUCGGACAACACAAUAAGACUAUUAAUAAAGCGUCAAACUGGAUUAUUCAGCUAAUGGCGAAGUCAGGAAUGCAACAAGAAGUGGAAACAAUACUAUAGUAAGACGACCAACUGAAUUCUCUUAUGAAUCAACUUGAAAAGGAUAAGAAGUCAUUGAAGUUGACGCCCGAUGAUCAUUUGCAUUUGGAGGGAUUUGCAUUGAAUCUUUUCGCAAAGCUUCAGCAGAAACAUAAGUAUGCAGUUUGGAAGGCAGCAGAUAUAAGGAAAGCUUUAAAAGAAAGACAAAAGCCUGUUCCAGGCCCUCCUGGUGGUGAUGAUGAUUUUUCAUUGUUGGGCCUUCCUGGAGGUGAAAGUGAUAAUAGGGACUUCUCGGCAGCACAAAGUGAUUAUAUUCCGCUAUUAUAAUUUCCUUUAGAUGUACGGUUGUUGUCCGGCCUUUACCACUUCCACACAUAACAAGAGUUUAAGUGAAUCGGGCUGCCCUUUUGCAUUUCAAUGGUGUGGUUAUUUCAUUGUUUUUAUUUUUCCAAUAUAUGUGAAAAGGAAAGAAAUUGAAAGGCUUGUGUCUUUCCCAACAAACUUAGGAAAGAUCCAAAGGGCAUUCCACACAAUCUUAUGCCCUACAUUCAACAAGUACAUGUUGGUAGAUUUUAGGAAAGAUCCAAAGGACAUUCCCCACAAUCUUAUGCCCUACAUUCUACAAGUACAUGUUGGUAUAUUGCCAGAGCUGAGUGUACAAGUGUGGGCAUUUUAUUUACAAUGGAAAUCGAGGAUAUUGGAUAGCUUGUUUGCAUCCAUUGUUUCAUAUAAGAUGGAAACAUAAAGCUUAACUUGUACCCUACAAAUUAGAUGCUGCUAUUGUUUGAAGAAAUAGGUGUAAGUCAGAGCAGGUAAGUAUAAAAGCUGAUAAUUGAGAAAUUUUGGUAGCAAGGCAUGAGAAAUCUGUGUUCUCUUUGCAUCUUCUCAAGUUUGCAAGUUUGUAACUGUUGAAAAAAUAAAACAUAUAUGUAACUUUUUAUUUUGUCUCAUACAUGUCUUGCUUGGUCGCGUAUUAUGUGGACAAACAAUUUGAUGAAAUUAUCCAAUCUAUUAUUAUUUGGGGAUUUGAUAAAAACGUUAAUGAUUUGAUUUGAUUCCUCUUAGCUAUUGAACCCUUUUAUUUUGGGGUGGGCGAAGGUAGAGAUGGAGCUGGUGGUAGUGGUGAUGUAGGUGAUGGAGCUGGUGGUGGGGGUGACUUGGGUGGCGAAGAAGGUGGUGGUGGUAACUUGGGUGGCAGAGAAGGUGGUGAUGAAGGUGAUUGGGCUGGUGGUGGUGAAGGUAAUUGAGCUGGUGGUGGUGAUGACUUUGGUUUGCUGUUUUGUAGUACCUCUAUUAUUUUUAUUUUUUGGAUGCUUGAUGUUAUGUUACGUAUGAGUGGUUGGAAACUAUAAAAAUAUUGCACCCUUU